AUGUCACCUGUAUUAAUGCUUGAUCCUCGACAACCACUUACUAUUGACUCAUUUGAAUUUCUUUAUCAAGCAAUUGCAAAAGAUGUUAGUUCAAUUUAUGUACCCGUUCGAGAUAGUUUAGCGCUUCUUGCUGGCUGUUAUCUUUUGAAAAAAGUCUUACCAUUACCGUAUUAUUUCUAUAGGACAAUAAAACUUUAUUUUUUUCCUUAUAAAAUUAAUUCUGUAUUAUUAAAAACACCUUUAUCAACAAGCUCGAGUAGCAAUGAUUUAUCUCUAUCAGAUUAUGAUGAACACUGGGCAUUAAUUAAUGAUUGUACGACACCAAGUGGUUGCGCAUUUGCACAAAAUUUAGCUAAACGAGGUUAUAAUCUAAUAUUAGUUUCAACGGAAGAUUUUCAAGAAGAAUUAAAAUUAUUAUCGAUCCAUAUUGAACGUACAUUUUUAAUUCGUACAGUUACAGUUAUCUAUCGAUGGAAUAGUCCACAUCAACCACUUGAAUUGACAACACCAGUAAGAACAGUGGCUGGAACAUGGUCAACAGGUACGCCACCCACAGUUGGUCAAGUUCCAUUGACAAAUAAAUUUCAUCGUGCUGGAUCAUUUGAUCGUCUUGAAACAAUUGAAACCAUUGCUCGCAGUGCAAAUCUUGUUCUCUAUAUUAAUUGUACACGACCAUUCAAUGAUCUACAUCUAUCGAAAACGCUCAAUCCAGCUGAAUUUCAAUCGAUCGUUAAUAAUUAUCUUAUACCACCGAUGCUAUUGGCAUAUAUUGUUCUUCCGUAUAUGUCAAUACGAACUCGGCCUGCAUAUCUACUCAAUAUAGUUCCACAUCCAUCUUGUCUCAACUCUACUCUACAUCGUUUAUUAACAAUUUAUUUCAAUGCACGUAAAGACGAAUAUUCUAAUAAUGGUCUACUUCAUUUUCAAACAGUUUAUUUACCGAUCCGUUGGAUUCGUUCAUCCGCGGAUGUGUCUAAUGUUGAAAAUUUUCAAAAAUAUAUUUUAUCUAAACAUGGUUUAAAUGAAAAUAAUAAAUUAGUAUGGGGUUCAUGUAAACCACAAGUGUAUGUUGAUACAAUACUUAGACAAUUGGGUCGAUGCGAUCGUAGCGCAGGCUAUUGGUUGAAUGCAUUUCAUUUAACAUGUCUUUCAAUUUUACCACGAUGUUUUUCACAUAAACUUAUCGAUUAUUGGAUUACUAUGCAAUGA